GCUGCCAGCUCAUGACACUCACAGCUGCUUCCCUGAAGUGCUCAUUUUGUUUUGAGUUCCUUUUAUUGGCGCAGGUCUCUGCCAGUGAAUCAGUCUGCUGGUGGAGACGAACCAGCGGCCGUGGCAGAGAACAGAAGCAAGGCAAAGCAGAGCCCCAAGAUGUGGAGCCUCCUGGUGCUGCUCUGCUCCCAAGGAGUUGCCUUUUCAGAGGGAUUCACAGCAGCCUUCACUCCAGGUGCUGACACAAGCCUCUCCAAGAAGAGCCGCAACCCCGAAUGCUUCAUGAAUGUGAGUGAAAUUAUCAGCUAUCAUGGAUACCCCAGCGAGGAAUACGAAGUUACCACAGAGGAUGGAUACAUUCUUGCUGUUUACAGAAUUCCUGCUGGGAGGAAUGACCGAAAUACAGGGCAAAGGCCUGCAGUGUUCCUACAACAUGCUUUUCUAGGAGAUGCUACUCACUGGAUUUCCAACCUGCCCAACAACAGCUUGGGCUUCAUCCUUGCAGAUGCUGGCUAUGAUGUCUGGCUGGGAAACAGCAGAGGGAACACCUGGUCUUCAAAACACAAGACCCUUAAGCCCUUCCAGAAGGAGUUCUGGCAGUUCAGCUUCAAUGAAAUGGGUAAAUACGAUAUUCCAGCAGAGCUGAACUUCAUCAUGAAUAAAACUGGACAGAAGGAUGUUUACUAUAUUGGUCACUCUGAAGGGUCAGCUGCAGGCUUUGUAGCAUUUUAUACAUACCCUGAGCUGGCUAAACGGGUGAAAGUGUUCUUUGCUCUGGGCCCAGUAACUGUAUGCCCACAUGCCACAAGCCCUCUGGUUAAGAUGACAAAUCUUCCUAAACCACUGCUCAGGUUGGUAUUUGGCUGCAAAGGAACCCUGCACCAGAUCCCAUUUCUGAAAGGACCCAUGACACAGUUCUGUACAACCCUGGAUAAGUUUUGUACCCAUGUGCUCUGUUACAUAGCUGGAGGCAGUGUAAAAAACAUCAACUCGAGUCGGGUAGACAUGUACGUAGGACACUCCCCAGCUGGAACAUCGGCACACAACAUUUUUCACUGGCGACAGCUAGCACAUACAGACCAGUUUCGAGCUUAUGACUAUGGCUCUAAGGAAAACAUGAAGAAAUACAACCAGACUGCUCCUCCUGUGUACAAGAUAGAGGAAAUAAAGACACCAAUUGCUGUUUGGAGUGGUGGGCAGGACACGUUUGCAGAUCCAAAAGACAUGGCAAAGCUGCUUCCUCGGAUUACCAAUCUCAUUUACCAUGAGCAUUUUCCUUCAUGGGGACACCUUGAUUUCAUCUGGGGCCUUGAUGCAACUGAGAAAAUGUAUCUGAAAAUCAUUGAAAUACUAAAAAAAUAUGUUUGAAACCACAAGCGGAGUGUUGAUUGUAAAAACUUCCAAAAUUUUUAUUUGGCGAUAAGGGUGGUAUCUGGGAAAGAGGUGAACACACAGGCACACAUAAUGGAUGUUUCUUUAGGUAUUUAUUUGUUCUUAUUUAUUUCUUGCUUUCCUCAUAAUUUGAGUUUUUCCAUGGUGUUACUCUGACUCUUGUCUUCCUGAGAAGUCUGAGUUAUAUAAGAAUGAAAGCUGAAAACAUUAAUAUAUUUUUAGUACAUACUGCAGGGAUCACUGAAUUUCAACAGUUUUUAUUUCCACAAGACUAAUUUUCCUGAGCCUGAAUUCUGUUCUCAGAUAGAUCUUAUUUGCCCAAUUUAGGCAUUCUCAUGCCAAUUUUUUGUCUUCCUAUGGAGAUCCAAAAGCGUGAUUUGAUCAUUGAAAUUAACAAUUUUGUUUAAAUUAAUUUAUUGAUCCCCUUGCAGAGAACCUGCCCUUUUUUCCCCUCCUCAAAUUACCCUUUAAUGUCAACACAAGCAAGAGAUCUUCAAGCACAAGAAACUGAGCAGGUAAUAGAUGGCUAAAAACAUCAGGGAAUCCAACCUUAAAAAAAAUCAUAGAAGUAUUCCUCUACCCUCCUACAAAUGAUGCCUACAAAUCACCCAAAUGUUUGUUCACACACCCUGAACCCCUCCUCGUUUCAAAGACCACAGAUGGCAGCUGUGGAAUAAGGAGAUGUAGACCCAUUCAGCAAGCUGCACUCCAGGCAAUACAUGUUCCACCCUAUGAAUUAUUGUUCACAGUGGCAGUGGAGCUGUUGCAAGCACUCUGAGCUGUCAGCAUUCACUUUUACACAGCUCUGUGUCUGGGCCAUUCUUCAUUCAAGCAGUUCCUAAAACAUGGGAAAGCAGUUGGAUGUUUUCCCUUUCUGGCCAUUAGCCUUAAGAGAUGCUGUCUCCAUAAUCCAUGCAAGUGCCUCCCCUCUUCUCACCCACAAGCUGAUCUGGAGUGUCUGUCCCCAGGUUGCCCACAAAAUGUUCAUUAUUGCAGGCUCCAACAGGGAGCUUUGUUUUAUGGGGUGUUUCUGGCUGCAGCCUCAAGCUCAUCUUGUCCAGCCAAGACCUUUUGUAGUCAGAGUUGACAUCCAAUACAAUCAUACACUGAAAAAUAUAUGUCUUUGUAACACAGGAAAAGUACACUAGCUUGUCCACACACCUACUGUAGCACCCAUUAGCAGUGCUGUACUGCCCUUCUGAGAGCUUACAGGAAAAGGCCAAAAUUGUCAACAAAAAUAAAGAUCCAUUAGACCAAGGAGGCACAACACUGCAGCGUACGAGAGGAGUUUCCCUUUUUAUUGCUGCAUUAUUAAAUCACAAGGCACUGGGCCACUUUAAUACAUUACUUAUUGCUGCAGGUUUACUUCUGCCUUCACCUAUACAAGAGAAGAGCUGUGGAUAUAUUAUUAUUAUGAUUGGUAUUAUCCCCUGCUGCAUGCACCACUCUGUACAGCAUGCUGUCCUGCCUAGUCCCAUGAGAAUGAUGCAUCUGGUUUCCAUCAAGAGCAUUUCAUUUAUUGUGUUUUUUUUCUUCAGUACUCUGUUUAUAUUGGAAAGGUAGUCAAGAGACCUGUUUCUCUACUGAGCCAAACAUAUUUUCUUUACUAUUUCUUAAUGCAUUAAAGUGAUCUGGGAACUGACUUUCUUAAUGGUCUCCAGCAAGGCACAGAAUCUCUUUUUGCUGUUUGUUAGAUGAAAAAGAAAAAAAAAAAGAUUGUCCUACCCUUGUAG